GUCAACAGGUCAUGCUGCUUACCGCUACGGCCCUGCUGCCAUCACAACCGUGCGUACCCCACGGUCCCGCAACGGGCGAUUGUAUCGGAGAAUUGCUGGAGAACGAGAGAAGAAAGAGGAAGGGGUCUCCAUGUCGAUUCAGUGAGCUUACGCACGUCGAACACUCAUCAACGAACGGCGCCGCGACGUUAUAUCCAAAAAUGGCGUUUCUCGCAUAGCGAUAACCCAUCGUAGUCGGCGUUCGUCAACGUCGUCACGAUCCGCUCGCUAGAACUCACCGACCGACCUGGUGGAACCGCAAGCCGUCAGUCCGAGGAAGAGCUAACGAACGCGAAAAUGCAAUCGACGGAACAACUACGACCGGAACAACUGGUGGGUCUGGUGGCCCGCUCGGCAGAAGGUACGGCCGCAAAAGGGAUGCCGAUCAAGGGCCACGAGGACCUCUGGGUGGAGAUCCAGGCCAACACCUUUCGGAACUGGGUGAAUGAGCAUCUAAAGCACGCCGGUGACGUGGGUGGUGGCCCCGUGCUGGACCUCGCCGAGGAUUUUCGAGACGGUACGCGUCUCUGCGCCCUGGUCGAGGUGCUCACGAAACGUCGUUUACCGCGAUGGAAUCCGCGACCGGCGAAUCAGCAUCAUCACCUGGAGAACGUGUCCACGGCGCUGCAAGCUAUCGAGGCCGAUGGCGUCAAGCUCGUCAAUAUAGGUAACGUAGACAUCGUGAACGGCAACCUGAAGCUGAUCCUGGGUCUCAUAUGGUCGCUCAUCGUGCGAUAUCAAAUCGGCAAGUCCAAGUUCCCGCCGAGGAAACUCAUGCUCGCAUGGCUCAAGGCUGCUUUACCGGAAUGUAGAGUCAACAAUUUCACGACCGACUGGAACUCGGGCGUGUAUCUGAGCGCACUUUUGGAUUACUCUAAGCCCGGUCUGUUCCCUCAUUGGCGACAACUCGAUCCGAAUGAUAGUGUUUACAACUGUCGCAAGGCCAUGGAGAUAUCGAAACGGGAGUUCGACAUUCCCAUGGUGCUAGAACCAGAGUAUCUGGCAUCGCCGUACUUGGACGAGCUCUCGGGGAUGACCUACUUGUCGUACUUUAUGAAGGAAGGCUCGCCGGGCUUCCACGCAACGCUACGAUGGGUCAAUUCGCAAUUAUCACAUACCUCGAUACGGAACUUUACGACGGACUGGAACGACGGUAGAGCUCUCUGCGGAAUCAUCAGAAAUCUGGGUGGACCGGCGCCACCCUACGAGAAACUCGACACCGAUCCAUCUGCCUGGGAACAUAAUUUGCAGAUGGGUAUCGACGGCGGUAAAAAACUCGGCGUGGAACCGAUCUUAAAGGCAAAAGAUAUGGCGGACCAGAACGUGGAACAUUUAGGCGUGAUGGCGUAUGCGGCGUACUUUCAAUGGGUGAAGCCUCGCCCUCAAGCGAGUCAACAGAUUGCUGUGCACAUCGAUAGUACAUCCGCCCGAGUGCAACAGCCGGCACACUUCAAAUUAGAAAUGCUCACCAAAGAUGUAAAUGCGAGGGAAGUGCGCAGUGAAAUCAUUAGUCCCAACGGACGCGUGGAAUGCAGACUUACGUGGAACGGAGCUCACGGCAAAGGCACCUUCGUACCUACGGAAGUUGGCAUGCAUAAGCUAAUGGUAUACAACGAUGGCGAACUGGUGAACGGAUGUCCCUAUUAUUUCAGAGUUUUACCACCUCUAACGAAAAUCAAAUCUCCGGGUAUGGAUCCUUGCGCCAUAGGAUCUAUCGUCGAAGUUCUAGUCAAUAGUUAUGGAACUAGUCAUGAUGGUAUUGAUGUGACCGCAUGGUCUCCGACCGGCAGAUCUUUGCCGUGUCCCGUCAAGGAAAAGGACGGAGUUCAUACAGCGACCUUUCAGCCCGAUGAAACGGGAGAAUGGAGCAUUGCAAUAACGCAUAAAGGAAAUCACAUACAAGGCGGUCCCUUCACUUGCUUCGUGUUUGAUCCUAAUGGAAUUAAGCUCUUAGAUACCGAUGGUGCCAUGCCCGGACAACCAUUCUCCUUCAUCGUCGAUGCGCGAGGAACCGGCGGCCUCGGUGAUGUAAUCAUCGAUAUUGUCCACGAUAAGCAGUCGGUAUCUUAUAGGAUAGAGGAUUUUGGACACAUGCAGUACCGGGUGUCCUUUGUCCCCGGCGAUGCUGGCAAGUACCGGGUGUACAUGUACUUUAACGGCUCAGAUGUGCGCGGUUCGCCGUUCUCUAUACGAGUAGGUACACAGAAGGGCUCGCGAAGGUCGAAGGACUCUACGUCCAGCCUAGAGCGAUCAAAAGUAUCCUCCCUGGAACGACGAAUGAACGGGCUAAAUAUUUCCGCAACGGAACGAACCAGUCCGACUCAGAAAUUAUAUACGUCCACUGUAUAUAAAUCCAUCAGUCCAACGCAACGUGGUUAUUCGCCAAUCCAUCAAGCCAGUCCGACUUACAAGAUGUCGAGCAAUUAUAUCACCGAGAAUUCUACCACCUCGACUUACCACAACACCAGCUCUCUAAAUCACAGUCCUGUACAAAGGAGUGUGCACAGUCCGUCAGUGCUGAAGGAGACGAAAGAUAUUUAUAGCAACAGCACGUAUAACCAUAGAUCACCGAAUCUGCAGAGUCCUACUUUCAUCAAAGAGUCUAAGGAUAUUUAUUCGUCUAGUACACUGAAUAGAUCACGAUCACCAGAUGCAAGUCCAAUCGGGCAUGUUAUCAAAGAGUCGAAAGAUAUUUACAGUUCGGGAUCCCUGAAGAGAUCGCACUCGCCACCGCGCUCGAGUCCGUAUCACAGCGUCACGAGUCCCGUUCAAAGUCCUAUAAACCGCAGUUUCAGUCCAAGGAUCAGUGACAAGGAUGCAUCGUUCAAUAAGCGUGAAUCCACAGAUAAUGGCGUCGUGGAUACCAGCAGCAAUGUACGGGUAUCUUCAAUGGUAGGUAGCACUUCCAGACGCGAUUCCUGGGACGCGAUUGCUAAGACGAAAUCGCUACUAUCAUACGGCAGUUUGGAAUCCCUGGCGAAUCUGACCAACAAUUCGCCGACCGCGGAAAAUCGGGAUAACAGCCCGAACAACAAUUUUCUGAACAACAAUUACAAGAACGCGCAAAGUUACACCACAAAGAAUGUAUCAUCGCACUCCGCAAUGACUAGUUAUUCGUCCGUGCAGAAAUCUUCAAGUCCCGAUUAUGGCGCUGGACAAAAAUACGAUGCUAAUCAGACAGCCACUCGUCAUCACGGCAUCCUGAAGAACAAGAACAACAACUACUAUGGCAAGAGCGUGGAUGUGACGGAUGGUACCGCGACGCACGAUAGAUACUUGAAUAACGGCGGUUCCGUUUACGUAUCCGCAUCACCUGGCAAAACGAUGAGUUCGAUCAUCGCCACCGGAAGCGCGCUGGAAACGCUGCCAGUACAUCGGCCGACCACUUUCAGCGUCAACUCCGAUGUGGAUCCUAAUAAGGUGUCCGUCACCGUUACCGGUCCCACCGGCAAGACCGUACUGGUACAGAGAUCAAAAUUGCGUGGCUUGAUAUACACUAUCACCGCCGAGGAGGUCGGUGAACAUACCAUCCAAGUCUUGGUAAACGGCCAGCACAUCAAUGGCUCGCCCUUCAGAUCGCAAGCGUAUAACGCUCGAGCUAUACAAGUUGGAAACAUCCCGAAUGGAGUGGUGAACCAACCGGUAGAAUUUGAAAUUGACGGAUCGAGAGCCGGCUCGGGAAACUUGGAGAUCCUCGUGAACGGAGGACACGUUACGAGUUUCGUGAGAGCGCUAGGUAGUCAGCGUUUCCUGGCAUCGUUUGUGCCACAUGAAGCGGUUACGCAUUUGGUCGAGAUGACGUUCAACGGGGAAGUCAUCCCUGGAUCACCUUGGCGAGUUGGCAUCAUGCCUGCACCGAAGAUGUCAGUGAUCGGUGAUUCAAUCAGGCUGGUUCCUGCUGGUAGUCCCGCUAUCUUUGAGCUGUCCGCGUUAGGCUUCAGCAGCAGCGAGAUUGACGUCAAGAUCAUAACACCCUCGAAGAGACACAUUUCCGCGAGAAUUGACGAGGAGCCAGGACGCUCCGGCGAAUUUCGCGUCGAGUUUACGCCAACUGAAGUAGGCAGCCACCUCGUGGAAGUGAGCAUCGCGGGACAGAAGCUACCGGCAGGACCGCUCGUCGCCAAGGUGUACAAUAGUAGUCUGAUCCAAGUUACUGACGUACCUAGCGCUGUAGUUGGCCAUGCCUGUCAAUUCAGAGUGGAUGCCAGCGCUGCAGGAGAAGGCCAACUAGAAAUCUCCAUAAACGAAGGAGAAGUGCCCAAUCAUGUUCAAGUAGUGGGUGGUGGUCGUUGUCUCGUAUCUUUUACUCCUGAAAUUGCUAAGCCUCAUUAUAUCGAUAUAAAGUUUAACGGAGAAGCAGUACGUGGAUGUCCCUUCAUCUGCAACGUAUCUGACACAAGCAGAGUCACACUGAGUAUGAAUCAUUUAGAACUAAUUCCAGUCAAUCAUCCUGCUAGUUUCCACAUGGGAGUCGAUGGAAGUGGCAGUGCAGAAUUAGCGGUUUCCGUAAGGGGACCAAAUAGCGAAUUGCCAGUUAAAGUUACUGGUGACAUAAGUAAUGGUUUCACCGCUGAAUUUAUACCAAGAGACGUGGGUGUACAUUCAAUUAGCGUAGAAUACAACGGUUAUCCCGUUAAUGGCACGCCGUUUUUGGCCAAAGCGUUCAACGCGGAUAAUGUGCUAAUUGGACCUGUAGCUAGAGGCAGCGUUGGCCAACCAACCCACUUUACUGUCGAUGCGAGUCAAGCUGGUGAAGGAAAUCUGGAGAUUACAAUAUCAGCUCGUGGUCAAAAUAUACCAACGCAAGUAACGCCACAAGGAAAUGCGCGGUUCUCCGUUAGUUUUGUACCAUUUGAGGCGUCCGAACAUAUUAUCAAUAUAGCAUUCAAUAAGAAAACUGUGCCUGGUUGCCCUAUAAUAAUGCGUGUGGGUGGCGACAGCCACGUAACCGUAAGUGGGCAGGCACUGAGCAGCGCUGGAUUGGGACGGCAAAGCUAUCUAACUGUCAGUAAUGUUGCCGGUAGCUUGGAAGACUUAGAAGUUAAUGUUGAAGGGCCCAAUGGACAGGCCGUACCUGCUCAGGUCACCGACAACAAAGACACGACAUGCAGCGUGGCGUUUACACCGAGAGUCGUUGGCGAGCACCGAAUAUCGGUGAAUUACCGGAAUAUCCCGGUGGCCGGCAGUCCGUUCAGCUGUAAGGUGUACGAUGUUGCUGCGAUAAAGGUGAAAGACGCUAAGCGUGGUGUCAUCGGAUUGCCCGUAACUUUUCUGGUCGAGACCAGUCAAGCAGGACCGGGUAAUCUGGAGGUCACUGUCAACGGCGGACGAGUACCGACGUCAGCUCAGGCGCAAGGUCCUCAUACAUAUGCGAUCUCAUUCACACCUCGAGAACCGAUCGUGCACACAGUGGAUUUGCGAUUUAAUGGGGAGGAUGUACCUGGUAGUCCGUUUAGUUGUCAGGUCAGCGAUACGGCAAAAGUAUUAAUAACCGAGGGACUUGAGAAAGUAUCUGUGAACCGUGUCGCGACCUUUACAAUAGAAGCCGACGCAUCUCUCGGUACGCCCAUCGUCGAAGUGCUCUCACCUACUAGAGAAAGUUUACCUGUACACAUCAAACAGAACAGUCACGGCGUCUACACCGCUGGAUUUACUCCAAAGGAUGUUGGCGAUCAUAGCGUCGAAGUGAAGCUCAGUGGAUCGCACGUGGAAGGCAGCCCGUUUCUUGUCAAGGCUUAUAACGCUGAUAAAGUUAAAGUGACAGAUAUAAAUAGCGGAGUCGUCGGCAAACCAGUGUUCUUCAGCAUCAACGCCAGUCAAGCUGGAGCUGGAAAUUUGGAAAUUAUAGUAGCAGUAAAUGGCAAGAAUGUUCCGAAUUACGUGCAAAGCGAAGGUAAUGCAAAGUUUAGGGUCAAUUUCAAACCACAAGAAGCUGCUGUACAUAGUCUCAGUGUCCGUUUCAAUGGAGAGCCAGUUCCAGGUUCGCCCUUUAGCUGUAAAGUAGUAGGUGCCGGUCAAGCAGCAAUUUCUGGUCAUAAUCUAAAGAUGGGUGCGGUGAAGCGACUAAUAUCCUUCACUGUAGAUCCGCAGACUCCAUCUACGAAUUGCGACGUUAUUGCAACGCCACCAUCAGGCAUCGCUUUACCUAUCACUAUUGAGCCUAUUGAUGGCAAGUAUAAUGUGAGCUUCGUGCCCACGGAAGUCGGCAGACACAAUAUCAGCGUCUUGGUAGAUGGUGAAUCGAUUAAAGGCUCUCCAUUCGCUUGCAAUAUUUAUGAUGUGACUAAAGUGCACGUGUCUGGUCUCACGGAAGCUUUACUGGGCCAGGCAACUACAUUUACCGUCGAUGCCGCGGAAGCUGGUGAGGGAACGCUAGAGCUGGUUGUGAGCACGGAGAAUAACACCGUUAAAGCCGAAGUAGUGGCCUGCGCACGCGGACUGUAUGAUGUUACAUUCGUGCCACAGACAACAAGUGCACACUAUGUUAAUAUCAGUUUCAAUGAUGACAACGUGCCAGGGAGUCCAUUUAAAUGUCCCGUGGUUAGCAGCAUGUUACACGGUCCAUCGAUGAUCCGAGUCGGUAAUACGGCUUAUAUAGAUCUGGAUAUGUCCGACUUGAAUGGUCCUGUAGCAGCGGAAGUUACCGGUCCGGACGGAAUAAUCAUUCCUUGCACUUUAACAAAAUUAUCAUCCAGUUUAUAUCGCGUAGAAGUUAGAACUCGACAGGUGGGAACAUAUAGUAUAAUAUUCAAUGACGGGCACAAGAUGGUCAGUUCGCAAACGCUUCAAGCUUUUGAUCCCAGCAAAGUUUCUAUCAAAGAAAUAGCAGACGUGGUUUGUCAUCGACCCGGGACUAUUUUAGUUAUCGCAUCGAAAGAAGCUGGUCCUGGAAAAUUAUCUGUCAAUGUACGCGCGGGCGGUGCGGAUGUUGACAGUUUAAUAAGAGAAGGAGAGAGCGGUGUUUACGAGAUCAUAUUCCAUCCGACACGCGCCGCGCCUCACAAAGUUCAUAUAAAAUACAAUGAAGUCCAUAUUCCUGGUAGUCCAUUGGAUGUCACGGUACGUGGUCCUACUGGAGGACGAGAAGUGACGGCGACAGGUUUGGGUUUGUAUCAAUCAUGUGUCGGGAAAGUAACAUCCUUCACUAUCGAAACUCUCGGACGUCCUGGGAAGGAGUUUGACGUCGUUAUCAGUGGUCCGCAGGGUAACGCUGUACCCGUACGCUGUUAUCAGCAUCGCGAUGGCAAUCUACUCGCCGAAUUUACAACGAAUAGCGUCGGCACAUACAAAAUCGACGUGCUUCACGGUGCAAAACCAGUUUUGGGCUCACCAUUCUUUUGCCAGGCUUUCGAUGCUGCUAAGGUGAAACUUCAAGAAUUAGGACCUAUGACGAUUUCAGUUCACGAUCACAUUGCAUUUAAACUGAUGAAAGUCGACGCCGGCAUGGCUGAUUUGGACGUGACGGCGACGAGUCCAUCAGGUCAAGAGAUUCCGCUGCAAGUCACUCCGCUCAACGAUGGUGCCGAGAUGAUCGAGUUUUCGCCUAGUGUGCCUGGCACUUAUAUGAUCAACGUCACUUAUGGCGGAUGCUCCGUACCUGGAAGUCCAGUGAUAUGCACUGUCGAUGCGGCUGGACAAGCUCGCGCGAAAGGAGAAGGAUUGCUGAGCGGUCACGUGGGUAAACCGGCGCAUUUUAUUGUCACCGGUACGAGAAGUCCGCCAGCAGUUCAGGUGGAUGGACCGGACAGUGUUUCUAAGGCUACCAUCGAAGCAGGAGCUAAUCCGGGUACGUGGAAUGUGUCUUAUAUACCAUCUGAGGUCGGAGUGUUCGACGUGAGAGUUGUCUGCGCUGGACAGCAGCUACCGGGAUCCCCGUGGCACCCAAAAAUCAUAGACUCGCGGAAUCUUCGUGUUAUCGGUGGCUGGUCAGCUGUAUGCGACGAUAUUGGACGAUUGAAACUGCAUCCGUCGAAUAAAAUUAGCUUCGACAUCGCGGAGGCUGGACCCGGUGAAAUCAACGGAACUAUCGGCGAUCAUCCUCUCGCUUUCGAAAUGACGUCUAGCAACAGAUUAAAGCUGGUUCCGCCACAAAUAAGUAGUGGCGAACACCGUCUGGAGAUACUGUUCAACGGCACACCGUUUCCUGGUGCACCGAAGCUUGCAAUUGUGCAGGAUUUAGAGCCACCGGUACAGGAUUCAAGUCGAGUAUUGCUCAAAGGACGAGGAUUGACAUCGGCUAAGUGUGGCGAAGAAGUCAGUUUCACCAUAGAUGGUUCUCAAGCCGGUAACGGGACUCCGAAAGUACAACUGUUCUCGCCUACCAACGAACUGAAUGUCAUGUUACAACAUCUAGGUGACAGUGUUUAUCGUGCAAGUUAUAUACCAUUAACACCGGAUCCGCUUUUGAUGACGGUGUCGUGGAAUGGAAGACAACUAAAGGGCUGCCCAUUACAAAUAAAUGUCACGAGCGCGGCGGAUGCGUCUAGGGUUAUCUGUUCUGGUGAUGGAUUGAAACAUGGUAUUGUCGGGCAAGAGAUACGAAGUUUUAUCGAUACCAGAAGAGCUGGACCAGGUGAGUUAACGGCACAUUGCGUCGGACCACAUAAAGUAGCGUAUUGCGAGCUGUACGAUCACGGCGAUGCCACUUUCACGUUAAACGUGAAACCACAAGAAGCGGGUCGGCAUGCAUUAACGAUUAAAUACGCUGGAGAACACGUUCCCGGUUCUCCGUUUACGUUGCGUGUCUCUGGAGCCCCGGAUGCUUCAAAGGUUCGCGUUUACGGACCAGGAAUCGAACACGGUGUAUUAGCAACAUUCCAGUCGCGAUUUAUUUGCGAUACGCGAGGCGCCGGUGCUGGUCAGCUCACGGUGAGAGUACGAGGACCUAAGGGAGCGUUUAGGGUGGAAAUGCAACGAGAAACUCAGAAAGACCGGAUCAUUCUUUGCCGAUAUGAUCCGACGGAACCUGGGGAUUACAGAGUAGAAGUUCGUUGGGCUGGUGUCCUGGUGCCAGGCUCUCCGUUCCCCGUUAAAAUUGUCGACACACAGGACGAAUUGCUAAUGCUUACUCAGGGCGGAGAUAAUUAUUCAACGGGCCAUCAUACUAUCACAUCGUGGCGUGGAUCGCAAGCUAUAUUAUAGAAACGCCGCGGCUAACAAAUAUUGUUAUUAUUUUGUAUGAACUAAUAUAUUUGAUAAUAUAUAUGGUAAUUAUUGUAACUUAUGCAAUAAACUCUCAACAUUCCAUUUAAA